AUGACGUGCGUUCUUCCAACAACACCGUGGCACCAUUUCAACGACCAUCUCCCAUGGUUAUCGAUGGGUUCCGACGCCGGUCCAUCGCCUGACAUGGGCAAGUCGUCGCUAUCACAAGGCUACGUGUCCCCAAACUCAGACACCCGGAAAUCAUCGACCAGCUCAGGGAAGAAGCGAGCAUCGAGAGCCGGGACGCGCAGCGUGACUACGCUGUCGUCCGCGCAGCUUGAACGGAAACGCGCCAAUGAUCGCGAGGCUCAACGCGCUAUCCGACAACGAACCAAAGACCACAUCGAUCAUCUCGAACGCAGCAUAAACGAUCUCCGUGGUAGUCACGAGGCCAAUGAGAAGAUCGUUCAUGUGACCCAACAGCGCAACCGAGAACUAGAAGAAGAAAACGCAUACCUUCGCAGCAAGCUCAACGAGGCAGGCUUCAACGUUAACCUACAACCGACAGAACACCAACGACCAAUAGAAUCUACUCUCCUCUCAAUUCCGUCUACAUCGCCGGGCACCACAGGAUCCAGCAUACCUCGUCCUGGCUCAACCUCAACCCCCAGUAAUCAUUCAGUAACAGCACAGCCGAGCGCUUCGCGUCACGGCUCAUGGCAGCACCAGACCGCCGGUUUCGUCAGCAACGCCAUGGGCUUGCCGGGUGUAGGCGCGGUAGCGAAUCCACCUAGCUUGACGACUUGGAGAUCACACGACGCUGCCCAAGACCCAUUGUCAGCCCAGUCUGCGUCGCCAUACCAUGAUCAGCGGGUGGAGUGGCCCAGCAAUGCCGCGCCUUACUCCCAGUAUGUAAGCCAGGAACAGCAACGACCGCAGUAUGAGACCGCGCCAUCACAGCAGACUGGGUACCAGCCAUCAACGUACCACACUGGGCUCACCCCGCAAAGCGAAUAUCCUCCAAACAUCUCGGUGUCGUCCGGACCAAGUGCGUACCAGGUUCAACCCCAAGCGACCUUCUCGCAACCGACAUCUUUCCAAAUCACACCGAUGCAGGUGCCCGCCGGCGGUGCAGACUACACGUCGCCACACGGGCAAAUGCAGCCCCCGCCGCUGGCGGCUACCUCAUUUCAGUCGGCUCAUGGUGAGCAAACGUACGGAGCGCAGCAAGAAACCACUUCGAUGCAAUACAGAGACGAGGGUGCCAGCCGAUCCUACUCGCUAGGCCAUUACCCGACUGCCUAG